UGCGUGAAAUUUGUAAUAUGUAUGUCUUUUCUAAAGUUUGUUUUCCACUUUCAGGUCGAAACCUUUCGAGAGUGUCGAACAAUGGUCAGACGACCGCUGUUGGACGUACUCAAUUGCUGGAAGGUGAUCAAUGCCGAUUUUCCUGUAACUCGUUUCCUUCUCUACGGCAAGAACGGUUGCGGCAAAACGAUCACUUUGGCUCAGCUCGUUCAUGCUGCCAUUCUUCAGAAGUACGUCGUCUCUAGAGAUUGGAAUCGUAAUCUCUCUGGAAUCGCUCCAUCCACUUGGAAGGUCGGCCGAAUCGACCUUCCUCUCGAAGCGGCAGCAUGGCUGACGAAUUUCAAGGCUGUCAACGAGUCGCUUAUCACUGAAGACUAUGUGUGGAGUACGCGAGAAACAUCAGAGUCCGGUCAACCGCUGAUGUCCGUCGUGGAAACCGGAAUUAACCGUCCGCGCUUCGCGUCUGAUUGUAUCGCUCAUAAUAAACAUUAUUUUUGUGCAUAUGGCCAUUGCGUUGGAAGAAGUUCUGUCUUGGCGUUGUUUGGAGUUGGUGCUUAA